UCCAGCUCCGGGGGAAGGAAAGAUGAUGGCCGGUGGUGGCGAAGCUGCAAUGGAGCACAACGGGAUAUACUCAGCAGCGAACCUCCCGAACCUGCAGCACAGCCACAUGGAGGCGGACAACUCGGACUCCCGUAAGCGGCCGCUGGAAACUCCGGCGGAGGAGGCCGGCUGUACCAAGCGCACCAACACCGGAGAGGAGGGUGAAUACUUCCUGAAGGUGCUGAUUCCCAGCUAUGCAGCCGGCUCUAUAAUUGGCAAGGGCGGCCAGACCAUUGUACAACUUCAGAAAGAGACGGGUGCCACUAUUAAGCUGUCGAAAUCCAAAGAUUUCUACCCAGGAACAACAGAGCGCGUCUGUCUGAUACAGGGUACAGUCGAAGCCCUCAAUGGUGUCCACAAUUUCAUUGCUGAGAAAGUCCGUGAGAUGCCCCAGAGUGCUCAGAAGCCAGAACCAGUUAGCAUACUGCAGCCACAGACCACAGUCAACCCUGACCGUAUCAAACAGAGUGUUUAUGCUGUUAAAAGGUCCUCUUGUUCAUUUGCUGCUAUUAUAUAUAUAAUUUAUAUUUUUCUGCAGGCCAAACUGAUUGUGCCCAACAGCACAGCUGGGCUGAUUAUUGGCAAGGGAGGAGCCACAGUCAAAGCAGUGAUGGAGCAGUCAGGGGCUUGGGUGCAGCUCUCCCAGAAGCCGGAGGGCAUCAACCUGCAGGAGCGAGUGGUAACAAUCAGUGGUGAGCCUGAACAGAACCGUAAGGCAGUGGAAAUCAUAGUACAGAAAAUCCAGGAGGACCCUCAGAGCAGCAGCUGCCUCAACAUCAGUUAUUCCAACGUCUCCGGCCCAGUUGCUAACUCCAACCCCACCGGAUCCCCCUAUGCCAACACGGCCGAGGUGCUGCCUAACGCAGCCGCGGCAGCUGCCACUGCAUCCAGCCUUCUGGGCCAGGUCGGCUUGACAGGAAUGGGUGCCUUCCCUGCUACCAUGUCUAGCUUCUCCGGCAAUGACCUCCUGGCCAUCACGUCAGCCCUCAACACACUGGCCAGCUAUGGCUACAAUACCAACACCUUGGGCCUGGGCCUUAACCCUGCAGCAGCCUCUGGUGUCCUCGCUGCAGUAGCAGCGAGUGCUAACCCGGCGGCCGCUGCUGCAGCUAACCUCCUAGCCUCCUACGCUAGCGAUGCCUCCGGCAGUGCUGGCCACCCUGCGACUGGGCUUGGUGGUUUCUCCCUGGGUUCUCUUGCAGCUGCUACAGGUGCUUCCAAUGGUUACUUAAACGCUUCAUCCCCACUGAUGGCCUCCUCCCUAUUAGCCACAGAGAAGCUUGCAGAUGGAGCCAAGGACGUGGUUGAAAUUGCUGUACCUGAAAAUCUGGUUGGUGCAAUUUUGGGAAAAGGAGGAAAAACGCUGGUAGAGUACCAGGAGCUAACAGGAGCCCGCAUCCAGAUCUCCAAAAAGGGAGAAUUCAUUCCUGGUACUCGGAACCGUAAAGUCACCAUAACAGGGUCGCCAGCAGCUACGCAAGCGGCGCAGUAUCUGAUCAGCCAGCGGAUCACUUAUGAGCAGGGCGUGCGUGCUACCAACCCGCAGAAAGUGGGCUAA